AACAGCAUUGAUUAAAGAUGUCAGAUGAUGAGGAAGGAACAUAUGUGAAGAAACAGAAGAUUGUACAUUAUGGCAGUCUGGAGGAAAAAGAACGUGAAAGACUUUUGGAGAAAGAAAAAAAGUCAAGUGAUGGAGAAGAAGAGAAGAGUGAUUCCGAAGAAGCAGACGAUGGCAACAAAACAGCUGUUGAAGCUAGCAACAUUAAUAUAUCUGAAGAAUAUAUGGACAUUGAAGCAGAAGUCAACAAAGAAAAGCAGGCACUUUUGGAAGAGUUUGAAAGAAGAAAAAAGGCAAGACAAAUCAAUGUAUCAACUGAUGAUGCUGAAGUCAAAGCAACAUUAAGGCAGCUGGAUGAGCCCAUUUGUUUAUUUGGAGAAGGACCUGCAGAUAGACGAGAGCGUUUAAGACAGCUUCUCGCCAAGUUAGGAGAGGAUGCUGUCAGGAAAAAAAAAGAAGAGGAUCAGAAACAAGAAGAAAAGGAAAAGGAGGAAGAAACAACAUGGUACCAUGAAGGACCAGAGAGUUUGAAGGUGGCUAGGCUUUGGCUAGCACAAUAUUCUGUGCCUCGGGCUAAAGAAAGGUUACAGCGAGCUCACCUAGAGGCAGCCUCAGAUUCCCAGAAGAAAGCUUUGCGACAAGAAUUAUAUAAAAAACUCAGGACGUUAAACAUCAACUGCAGUCAAAUUGGUGAUACAAGACCAAUUUCUUUCUGUCAGUUUAGUCCAAACUCAAAUAUGCUGGUGACAGCCUCAUGGUAAAGUAUUUUUGAUCUUUGGAGUGAGCCAUCAAAAUUGCACACAAUAUUAGGUCACAACUGCAGUGUUGGGGCAAUUGUCUUCCAUCCUCAGGCCACUUUGACUCUUCCAGAUGAUUCUUGUUGCAUGGCUUCUUGUUCUUCAGAUGGUUCUGUAAAAUUAUGGGAUUUGAUUAGUGAGGAACCAAUAGCUGACUUGGAAGGCCAUCAUCCUUAUCGAGUCUCGAGACUGGCAUUUCAUCCUUCAGGACGUUUCUUGGCUACAUGUGUAUUUGACCAUUCAUGGAGGUUAUGGGACUUGGAAGCCCAAGAAGAGGUUUUACAUCAAGAAGGUCACAGUAAACCCGUUUAUGACAUUAGUUUUCAGUGUGAUGGGUCUCUAGCUGCCACAGGAGGAAUGGAUGCCUUUGGUCGUGUCUGGGAUCUUCGUAGUGGGAGGUGUAUUAUGUUCAUGGAAGGACAUCUAAAAUCAAUCUUGGCAAUUAAUUUUUCACCAAAUGGGUAUCAAAUAGCUACAGGCAGUGAAGAUAACACAGUGAAGAUAUGGGAUGUGCGACAACGACGUUGUGAAUACACUAUUCCAGCACACACCAAUCUUGUCUCCCGAGUCAUUUUUGAAAAAAACAAUGGUCACUACCUCAUUACUACAUCCUACGAUAACUGUCUAAAGGUAUGGGCACAUCCAGGUUGGACACCAAUCCAGACUUUGAGUGGUCACGAUGGCAAAGUGAUGGGAGCUGAUAUUUCUCCCAAUGGGAAGUACAUUGCUACAUGUUCUUUUGAUAGGACUUUCAAGUUGUGGUCUCCAGAGUGAAGUGUAAAGUGCUGAUGAAAGAGUCAGUUACUAACAGCAAAAAGUAAUAGUGUGAUGUAAAGUGUCGUGAGGGAAACAGUAAUUGUGCAUUAUUUCAGCCAUGUGGAUAUUCUUACGGCUCAAUGAGACAAAAUUUCGUAUUCCUUGAACCUUUCUGCAGCACUGAAGUAUAAAAAGGAAAGUAUGUGGGAAAGUACCAUAUUAGCUUCCUGCUAAGGUCGAAAAAAGUAACAGUAUUUUCAUUAUGAAGUAAAAUAUUUAAAUAAAAACUUGCAUGGUUUAAUAAGGAGUUGGAGAAAAGUACAUUGAUGCUUUAAUACAUGUUGAAUAUAUUAGUAUAUUUUUUAACCAAAAAGACAUGAAAAAGUAAAAUAUAAAUCGACAUCGUAUGUAUGGUACUCGUAGCUAACACAAAAUUUAGAAAAGUAAUAAAACAUUUCUUUUUCUGGUUUAAAUAAUUAAGAUUUUCUUCAUACAAUGCAUACAAGAUAGUGUGUGUUGAAAAGUGGCCUAGUGGUUGACACGUUCAAACAGUUGCCACAAAACAUGCCCCACACUUUGGAUCUGUGGGUGUGCUAUGAGAAUGGUGGUCAUAUCACAUUUUUUGGCUAGACAAGAGCAGCCAAAGAGGUGAUAGUGAGUGCUGUUGACUAGCUGUCUUCCCUCAAGUCUAUCACAUCAAAACUGGUUGUGUACAGAUAGCUCUUUAUGUAGCUUUGUGAGAAAAUUCUGAAACAAAUAAAACCAAAAGUAUAUAUCCUUUUCUUUUUAAGGCAUGUGAACAGCAUACAGCAAUGCCUUUUUUUCUUAAACUGUAUACUUGAUGAAUUUUAACUUAAAUUAUGAGCUGUAUUUUAUUGUUCUUUUCGUUUUCUAAAGCCAUAAUAAUAAUUGGCUAGCUUAACUGAAAACUUUAACUGCCUUUUGCAUGUUCUGAUACUUUUUUUUUACUUUUUCAAGUUUAGCACGUGCAUAAUCUCUCUUUUUAUUUUGUCUGAUGCCUGAGAUGUAGAAAUAUUUAAACAGUUAAUUUAUGUAGACAUAGAAGUAGAAUAUACUUGAUGAAGGAAACACAUUAUUUGUAAAAACUUUGCGAGUUUAUACCAAACAUAAUAAUUUCACUAAUUUGUUAAUAAAAAUAUUUAAUUCACUUCUUUGCUUAAACAUUAGAGUUACUGUUUUCUUAUUUUAUAUAAUAAUUUGGAAAAACUACCUAAAUGAAAAAGGUUUUUCCUGUUACCAUUAUUUAACAACUUUGGCACUUAAACCUGAAUUAAUAUUAAAUUUAGUGAAACAUUAGGAAAAUUAAUAUUAAGAAAUCUUUGAUAGGUUGUUUAGGCAGA